GUCAUUUCCUCUGCGAAGAAGCGAUCGGAUCGUUGGAGCGGUGCGUUUACACGCUGCACUCGUGUCUGAUCGCACUCAUUACCAUCUGAUCCUUGCUUUCACACCCAGAAGCUUCUCUGUCUUCAGGAUUAACUCGAGGAUCAAAGCCAUAGGAAUAAAAGAAACUUCCUGGCAUAAACAUGAGUGAGCCGUUUGAUUGUGGGAGCUGCAAGGAGUCCCUUUAUGGCCGAAAAUAUAUACAGAUGGAUGAGGGACCUUAUUGCAUUCCGUGCUAUGACAGCCUUUUUGCUAACACGUGUGAUGAAUGUAAAGAACUGAUUGGUCAUGAUUCCCGGGAGCUGUAUUAUGAGAACCGCCAUUAUCAUGAAAACUGCUUCCGGUGCUUUCGUUGUGACCAUUCAUUGGCAGACGAGCCCUUUACAUGCCAGGAUGAUGAACUCCUGUGUAACGACUGUUACUGCAAUGAAUUCUCCUCCAAGUGUGUCAGCUGCGAGAAAACAGUCAUGCCAGGCUCCCGAAAAUUGGAGUACAAUGGCCAGACCUGGCAUGAGCACUGCUUCAUAUGCAAUAGCUGCAAACAACCUAUUGGAUCCCGGUCAUUCAUCCCAGAGAACCAAGCUCACUAUUGCAUUCCGUGCUACGAGAGCAAGUUUGCACCCCGCUGCACACACUGCAAAAAGUCGCUGACCAAAGGCGGUGUCACCUACAGAGAUGAGCCAUGGCACAAGGAAUGCUUCGUCUGCACUGGAUGUAAAACCCAGCUGGCUGGGCAACAAUUCACCUCCCAGGAAGACAAACCCUACUGCAUUAAAUGCUUUGGAAAUCUGUAUGCCAAAAAAUGUGCUGGCUGCAUUAAACCUAUAACAGGAUUUGGAGGUGGCAAAUACGUCUCCUUUGAGGACAAACACUGGCAUCACAGCUGCUUCAACUGCUCCCGUUGCUCCACAUCUCUGGUUGGCAAGGGAUUUAUCCCGGAUAACGAGGACAUUCUGUGUCGCGAGUGUAACAGUGACCUAUAAACUUAUAUAUUGAUCUACGCCAGGCUAUGUUCAAUUGUCUGUCUGUGGGGAACUGCAAAUCUUUGUGGAGCAAUAUGCAGCAGAAUUCCCCGUCCGAAAAUACUGCUUGAAGCAAAUACAAAAAAAGUCUUUCCUUUACAACAGGCUGUUAGACUUUGCACAGUGAUUUUUUUUUUUUUUUUAAUAUCCUUUUUUUUGUGGCUUUUGGAUUUGAGCAAUAUCCUUUUUGUGUAUCUUCUAUAUAAAUAUUAACUGUUAAGGUUGUGUUACAAGAAAGAAUGAUUGAGUGAUGACCCAAAUGUAUGCAAGGUCACUUAACCAUUUUCACACUCAAAACAGCAAAGUGUUUUUUUUUUUUUUCUUUCAUAUCUUGAAUGACGUUAUUGCAUUUUGGGGGGGCUGCAAAGUUAAUUUAUAUGAACAGUUGUGUUUUUCUCUCUUCUGUGGAAACAUGGGACAUGAUUAUACUUGGUAUUAAGCACACAGAUGCCAUACCUACUUUAUUAUGAAGGCAAUAAUUUGACAUUUUCCUAUAGAAGGUUAAAGUUAAAAACUUGCAGGACACUUAAAGAAAAAUAUUAAGCAUUAACCUGUGUUAUACAGCAUUGUACUGUAGCACUGAAAAUUAUCUUUGUUUUGUUACUUGUUACAAUAAACUCAAUUUAUCAUA